CCAUGGGAAAAAGCCACCGAUAAGUUGGUCAGGUAGUCGUCGACAUUACAUGAGUGGGUUGGUGGUGACGUACGUCGUGUUACCUCGCAGAUCGUACAAGCUCUGGGAGUAGGUAAGCGGGAUAUACCGAUGUUAGAUAGCCUCGCGGCUGAAGAUGUCCGGAUGGGCUUCCGUCACUUCAUUUUUUGAUCUGAUUGUCGUUCCACCAGUCUGUUUUUUCGUGGUCCUUGCAAAAAGUCGACUCCCUGGGGUGUGAAAUAGCGGGACAGGCCGCUCGCAAGCCGUUUUCUGAACGUCAGUGCUGCCUAUGCGUGAAGCAUCAAGCAAAACCGGGCAACGGCAUCAGGGACUCAGAUUGUUACUGGAGCCAGAAUCGCCGGAUGUGAUUGCCACCAGCGAGCACAGGUGACCACACACCGUCCAGAAUGUAUACGCUACUCCGUGGGUUCUACAAGUACAUGGUGCAGAAGGACGAUUACUUUCUGUUGAUCCUGGGUCUGGACAAUGCUGGAAAGUCGACUUAUCUGGAGGCGGCGAAAACGAAGUUCAGCAAAGGCUAUAGGAGCCUGAACUCCUCUAAGAUCACCACCACCGUUGGCCUGAACAUUGGACAGGUGGACAUUGCCGGCAUCAGGAUCAACUUCUGGGAUCUCGGAGGACAGGAGGACCUGCAGAGCCUGUGGGAUAAGUACUACGCCGAGUGUCAUGCCGUUAUAUACGUGGUGGACUCGGCUGACCGCCAGCGGAUGGAUGAGUCAAAGGAAGUGUUCGACCGCGUGAUCGGCUCGGAGCACCUGAUCGGCGUACCGCUGCUGGUGCUCGCCAACAAGCAGGACAUUCCUGACUGUAUGGGCGUGCGCGAGGUGAAGCCCAUCUUCAAUCAGAGCGCGCACCUGAUCGGCCGGCGCGACUGCAUGGUGAUGCCCGUCUCAGCGCUGCACGGGGACGGCGUGCACGAGGGCAUCGAGUGGCUGGUGGAGUGUGUGAAGCGGAACUCUGUGCACCGGCCUGCCAAAGGCAGGGACGACUCAUAGUGGCCGGGGGCGGUGCUGCCGCUGGUCUCGGGUUGUGCGCCGGCUGUGGCGGUUGACACGGACAGCCGCCGUAGCGGUGGUCACCGUUGUGCUGGAAGCGAUCUCGGCGGAGCUCGGGUCGGUUCGGCGUAUGUUGUUGGUGGGGGAGACGUCCUAAGAGCCGCGAUGAUAACUUUUGAUAAUGUACCGAGCGCUGCCUCCUGUCUUUGUGCCCUUAUGUAGCUAUGGAUGUGGGCGCAACAACCGCUUUGGUUGGCUGCGUCCGGCCUGUUUCCUGUUUACAUCGUUGGAAUGUGCUACCAUGUUGUAAGUGUUUGUCGGAAACCAUCGUUACCCAUGUUUUUUUUCCGUCGUUUUAGCGGGGCCUUCGGACAUCGCUCUUCCGUGUGGGCUUAUAGCCCUCGCCACAUGCCCUUCUGCUGACCCGUGACGGGGUCGAUCAGACCUCUCGCCGACACUGCCCCUCGCCGCACAGCGCUCCACAAGUGUCAAGGCGGCGCCGUACCGUGCGCUCCUGCGAUCUGUGUCGCCGGCAGCGUACUACGCAUACGUCCCCCUGGGGUUUGCGUGGCAGUACAUGUCUCACGAGCCCUGACGUGUCCCGGAGGGGGCCUCGGCCGCUCGACAUCCGCUCUGGAGGUCCCUGACGUGUCGGGGAUGGGGUCUCGGCCGCUCGUCAUCCGCUCUGGAGGUCCCUGACGUGUCCCGGAGGGCGCCUCGGCCGCUCGACACCCGCCCUGGAGGUCCCUGACGUGUCGGGGAGGGGGUCUCGGCCGCUCGUCAUCCGCUCUGGAGGUCCCUGGCGCGUCAGGGAGGGCGUCUCGGCCGCUCGACAUCCGCUCUGGAGGUCCCUGACGCGUCAGGGAGGGCGUCUUGGCCGCUCUUCGGCCCGCUCUGGAGGUCCCGGGCUUGUCAGGUGGGCGUCUCGACCGCUUGUCACCUGCUCUGGGAGUCCCUGACGUGUCAGGGAGUGCGCCUCGGCCGCUCGUCACCUGCUGCGGAGGUCGCGGGUGGUCGGCGGCAGCAUCACGCGCUCUUCGACGCGGAGGUCUUCCGCUGGGAAGAGGCCGCCCGAGACUGCUCUCGUGCGGCCCUCGGCGAAGGGAUGGGGAGCGGCGGGAGCUCUAGUCACUGGCCAGGGCAUGGGCAGAUGGCGGUGCUGCGUCGCCGGUCAGACGGUACACCGUUCCGUGUCAGGUGCUGCAUGGCAGGUCUCCACCGGUCUUAUGGAAACCUCUCUUUGUCGAGCACGGGGCGAAUCAGGUUCUGUAUGUGAGGCUUGAUCGAACGCACGCGCGUGCUUCAAGUACCGUCAUUCAUAAAACGCGACGUAAAUA